CAGCGCCAUCGCGCCACCCUCAACGCCGACAGAUCGCGUAAUUCACGUCGUAUGGGUUUGCUCCGUCGUGGGUGAAAUGGCAGAUAUCGCGAUUAAAAAAUCACUAUGACCCCUCUGCUGUUCUGCUUGACUUUCUGCCUCCUUGCAUUACCAGAUUGCUGGUGCUUGGAGGGACUUGCACUGGACAUAUACCCGGAGACAGCGCACAGAGGCGGUGAAGUCCGUAUGGUGUGUUCGUACGAUUUGGGUGUAGCACCGCUUUGCUAUGUCAAGUGGUACAGAGGCAACUUCGAGUUCUAUAGGUACACACCUUCGGAAGAUCCUCCGCACAAGCUGUUCCCAUAUCCCGGAAUACAUGUUAACGUCGGACAAUCCAACGGGACACAAGUGGUUUUAGAAGGCCUUGGAUUAGGCUUAUCUGGAAAAGUGACAUGCGAAGUUACGACCGACACUGUCAUCCCCGAGACAACAUCGCUCACUGCUCAACUCACCGUGUUGGAUUUGCCAGAAAGCGGACCCCUUCUCCAGCUGGAGCGACCCAUCGACUCGUACAGCCCCGGGGAAACGUUGAGAGCCAACUGCAGCUCCCCUCCAUCAAAGCCGGCACCGAUUCUCAAUUUUAUCGUCAACGGGAAUCCAUGCUGGAAGGAAGGGGCUUGUGAGAGGAGGGUCGUACCCUUGAGCGACACGCUACACUGGAGUGCAAGCUACUUGACACUGCACCUGAAGCCGACGCAUUUCAGAGGUGGCUCCCUCAAGAUUCGCUGUACGGCUGUGAUCAAAGGAUUCUACAAGGAGGAAGCACAGGUCGACCUGAGAGAGAACACUGUCUACCAAACGGUAAUGGUCGGCUCCCUCAACACAAGACAUCUCGCAUCCUCAAGUCUGAUGUUCGAGUUCGGAUACAAUCUAACAAUCGCAUCAUUCUGUCUCUUGUGGAUAUUUAGGUGAUUAUGUUACCCAGACUUGUUUCGGCGUUUUUCAAAAAUGGAAAUUGUUUCAAAGAAUGAGCUCAUUUCAAUGUAAAACUUUUCAAAUUAGGUUAUUGGCAUUUCAUAUAGUUUAUUUUUAAUGAAAUUACAAAAUGAUAUGAAUUGUAAUUAUAUCUU